AUGUAUUGGUCCAUUAAGCACCUUAAAUGUGUGUCAUAAUAUAUUUAGGAGUCUGUCCUGGGUCACUUCUGUAUCAUAGUUGUUCUAGUUACAGACUUAAUAAAGUGGGUAGCAAUUCUAAAAUAUUACCCUCUCAGAAGCUGAUUCAUGAUUUUGGGCAGGUGUUUCCUUUGUCUCGUCUGAAGAGAGGAGAAUCUCAAUGACUAUUCGUUCACCGGAACCAGAAGUCAAGAUUGUGGUAGACAAUGAUCCUGUAAAAACCUCUUUUGAAAAAUGGGCUAAGCCAGGUCAUUUCUCUCGUGCGUUAGCAAAAGGUCCUACUACAACCACUUGGAUUUGGAACCUGCAUGCUGAUGUUCACGAUUUUGAUAGCCACACUAGUGAUCUAGAAGAAAUUUCUCGUAAGGUUUUUAGUGCACACUUUGGUCAAUUAGCUGUCAUAUUCAUUUGGUUAAGCGGAAUGUAUUUUCAUGGUGCACGCUUUUCCAAUUAUGAAGCAUGGUUAAGUGAUCCAACCCACAUCAAACCUAGUGCUCAAGUUGUUUGGCCAAUUGUAGGUCAAGAAAUUUUGAACGGCGACGUAGGUGGUGGAUUCCAGGGAGUUCAAAUUACCUCUGGUUUAUUCCAAAUGUGGCGUUCUUCUGGAAUCACUACUGAACUAGAGUUAUAUUCCACUGCAAUUGGUGGUUUAUUAAUGGCAGGCUUAAUGUUUAUCGCUGGUUGGUUCCAUUAUCAUAAAGCUGCACCUAAAUUGGCUUGGUUCCAAGAUGCAGAAUCUAUGAUGAACCACCAUUUAGGCGGUCUAAUAGGCUUAGGAUCUUUGGGUUGGGCUGGACACCAAAUUCAUGUAUCUUUGCCUAUCAACCAAUUGUUAGAUGCAGGAGUUGACCCUAAAGAAAUUCCUUUGCCUCACGAAUUUAUAUUUAACAGAGACUUAUUAGCUCAGUUAUAUCCUAGCUUUGCGAAAGGUGUAACUCCUUUCUUUACCUUAAACUGGGCAGAGUAUUCUGAUUUCUUAACUUUCCGUGGCGGUCUAAAUCCAGUUACAGGAGGUUUAUGGUUAACUGAUACAGUUCACCACCACGUAGCAAUUGCAGUCCUUUUCCUAGUAGCAGGACAUAUGUAUAGAACUAACUGGGGAAUUGGUCAUAGCAUGAAAGAAAUGUUAGAAGCUCACAAAGGGCCUAUGACUGGUGAAGGUCACAAAGGACUUUAUGAAAUUUUGACCACUUCUUGGCAUGCUCAAUUAGCAUUAAACUUAGCUACUUUUGGAUCUUUAACAAUUAUCAUAGCACAUCAUAUGUAUGCUAUGCCUCCUUACCCAUAUUUAGCAACUGAUUAUGGUACUCAGUUAUCCUUAUUCACACACCACAUGUGGAUUGGUGGAUUCUGCGUUGUAGGGGCUGGUGCUCAUGCAGCUAUCUAUUUGGUAAGAGAUUACGAUCCAACUACUCAGUAUAACAAUCUAUUAGAUCGUGUUCUACGUCAUAGAGAUGCAAUUAUUUCUCAUCUUAACUGGGUAUGUAUCUUCCUAGGAUUCCAUAGUUUUGGUUUGUAUAUUCAUAACGAUACUAUGAGUGCCUUAGGUCGUCCUCAAGAUAUGUUCUCUGACACAGCUAUUCAACUUCAGCCUGUGUUUGCUCAAUGGGUUCAAAAUACUAACGCUGCAGCACCUGGUUUCACAGCACCUAAUGCAGCUGCCGCUAGCAGUAUCACUUGGGGUGGUAGUGAAUUAGUAGCAGUAGGUGGGAAAGUAGCAAUGUCUCCUAUUCCAUUAGGAACAGCUGAUUUCCUAGUGCACCAUAUUCAUGCAUUUACUAUUCACGUUACUGUUUUGAUUCUUUUGAAGGGUGUAUUAUUUGCUCGUAGUUCUCGACUAAUCCCAGAUAAAGCUAAUUUAGGCUUCCGCUUCCCUUGUGAUGGUCCAGGACGUGGUGGUACUUGCCAAGUUUCUGCUUGGGACCAUGUAUUCUUGGGUCUAUUCUGGAUGUAUAACUCUAUUUCUGUAGUAAUUUUCCAUUUUAGUUGGAAGAUGCAAUCAGAUGUAUGGGGAACUGUAAAUGCUCAAGGAGUAUCUCAUAUUACUGGAGGGAACUUUGCUCAAAGUGCAACUACCAUUAAUGGAUGGUUGCGUGAUUUCUUAUGGGCACAAGCAUCUCAAGUAAUUCAAUCUUAUGGAUCUGCUUUAUCUGCAUAUGGUUUAGUUUUCUUAGGUGCUCACUUCGUAUGGGCAUUUAGCUUGAUGUUCUUGUUUAGUGGCCGUGGUUAUUGGCAAGAACUAAUUGAAUCCAUUCUAUGGGCUCAUAAUAAGCUUAAAGUUGCUCCUGCUAUCCAGCCUCGAGCUCUUAGUAUUACUCAAGGGCGUGCUGUAGGAGUAGCUCAUUACCUUCUGGGUGGGAUUGCCACAACAUGGGCAUUCUUCCUAGCAAGAAUUAUUUCAGUAGGAUAAUGGCUAGGAGGGUUUUAAAGCAUUAUGGCAUCAAGAUUUCCAAAAUUUAGCCAGGGCCUAUCCCAAGACCCAACCACUCGCCGUAUUUGGUUUGGAAUUGCUACUGCACACGACUUCGAAAGUCAUGAUGAUAUCACCGAAGAACGGCUUUAUCAGAAGAUUUUUGCUUCUCAUUUUGGUCAGUUAGCAAUUAUCUUCUUGUGGACCUCUGGGAAUUUGUUUCACGUAGCAUGGCAGGGCAAUUUUGAAGCGUGGUCUCAAGAUCCUUUGCAUGUUCGUCCUAUCGCACAUGCAAUUUGGGAUCCUCAUUUUGGACAACCAGCAGUAGAAGCUUAUACUCGAGGAGGCGCUUCUGGUCCUGUAAAUAUUUCCUAUUCCGGUGUAUAUCAAUGGUGGUAUACUCAAGGUCUACGUUCUAACCAAGAUCUUUACACAGGAGCACUUUUCCUAUUAGGAUUAGCUGCUGUUUCUUUAGUAGGUGGAUGGUUACAUCUACAACCUAAGUGGAAACCUAGUGUUUCUUGGUUCAAAAAUGCUGAGUCUCGUUUAAACCACCAUUUAGCUGGUUUAUUUGGAACCAGUUCUUUGGCUUGGGCUGGACAUAUCGUACACGUAGCUAUUCCUGAAUCUAGAGGACAGCAUGUAGGAUGGGAUAAUUUCUUAACUACUGCUCCACAUCCACAAGGUUUAGCACCUUUCUUUGCUGGCCAAUGGGGUGUUUAUGCACAAAAUCCAGAUUCUAGCAGCCAUAUCUUUGGUACUUCAGAAGGAGCUGGUACUGCUAUCUUAACUUUCUUAGGCGGUUUUCAUCCACAGACACAAAGUCUUUGGUUAAGCGAUAUAGCUCAUCACCAUCUAGCAAUUGCUGUAAUAUUCAUCGUUGCUGGACAUAUGUAUCGUACCAACUUUGGAAUUGGACAUAGUAUGAAAGAGAUUAUGGAAGCACAUAUUGCUCCAAGCGGUCGUAUGGGCGGCGGUCACCAAGGCCUAUUUGACACAGUGAAUAAUUCUCUUCAUUUCCAAUUAGGAUUAGCAUUAGCGUGUUUAGGUGUUAUCACUUCUUUGGUAGCUCAGCACAGCUAUUCCUUACCUUCUUAUGCAUUCAUAGCUCAAGAUUUUACUACUCAAGCAGCACUUUAUACUCACCAUCAGUAUAUUGCUGGCUUCAUCAUGACAGGAGCUUUUGCUCAUGGUGCAAUUUUCUUUAUCAGAGAUUACAAUCCAGAGCAAAACAAAGGAAAUGUAUUGGCUAGAAUGUUGGAACACAAAGAAGCUAUUAUUUCUCACCUAAGUUGGGCUAGCUUAUUCUUGGGCUUCCAUACACUUGGUCUAUACGUACAUAAUGAUGUUGUACUGGCUUUUGGUACUCCAGAAAAACAAAUCCUAAUUGAACCUGUUUUUGCUCAGUGGAUUCAAUCUACUCAUGGUAAGGCUUUAUAUGGAUUUGAUGUAUUACUUUCUUCCAGUUCUAGCAUUACUAUUACUGCAGGAAAAAGUCUAUGGUUACCAGGGUGGUUAGAUGCUAUUAAUAACAAUAGUAAUUCUUUAUUCUUGACUAUUGGCCCAGGGGAUUUCUUAGUACACCAUGCAAUUGCUCUAGGUUUGCAUACAACAACCUUGAUUCUUGUGAAAGGUGCUUUAGAUGCUCGUGGAUCUAAAUUAAUGCCUGACAAAAAGGAAUUUGGAUUCAGCUUCCCUUGUGACGGUCCAGGUAGAGGUGGAACUUGCGAUAUUUCUGCUUAUGAUGCUGUUUAUCUAGCUGUUUUCUGGAUGUUAAAUACUAUUGGAUGGGUAACCUUCUACUGGCAUUGGAAACACUUAGCUUUAUGGCAAGGUAAUGCAGCGCAAUUUAAUGAAUCUUCUACUUACUU